AUGUUCAGACAAUACUCCAAUUUCAUAUCCCACAAGAGGAGAAGAAGCAAAAGUACUUCCCGGGUCUUGUCUGUUGCCCAGUCCGAAGCGGCCUCCGAUGCACCAACCGUAAAUGAGCCGAUUGAGAUUUGGACUCACUCGCAGCCCAUAGACGCUGCUGUCCAGCAACAGAACGACUGUUUCACCACUCUGACUGCACGGAUACAUAAAUACGAUCAUGUGGCCCAAAGAGGUAGCGAUCGUUUCUUGGAAGACUUGACGGCCACCCUCGAUAGCGAAGAGGCCAAGUCGAAAAGCAGCUAUCUAACCUCCCCGGUGGGAAACUACGCUAGCUUUUUGUAUCCAGAGUGCAUGCCCGAAAGGUUGGAACUCGUCGCCUAUUUGACUGAACUCGGAAAUGUCCAUGACGACCAUGCCGAUAACAAGAACACACCCGCGACAGACAAGCCGGAAGAGCUUGUUGAAUCGCCCCGCGCCGAAGCCAGGAAGAGACUCCUGGAGAAAGUUACGGGAGAACUGACCGACAAAGAUGGGCUUGACAUUAUCGACUGCUACCGAAGUAACUGGCUUGUUACCCCGGAUGUCCCCACCGCCGACAAUUGUGCCAAUCUCGACGACUACGUGGCCCGUCGGCGUCUGAAUGCAGGAAUUGAUGUUUACUGGACCCUGAUGGGAUUUGCCCACGGAACUCGAUUUGGAAAGGAGGACCAGGCGAUCGUCAAAGAUGCGCUGGACGCAGCUGAGCGAACCAUGUUCUUCACCAACGACUACUACAGCUGGCCGAAAGAAAAGCUCGAGGUCAAGAAACGUCGCGUUGCGAAUGUGAUAUUGUUCCUCAUGCAGCACCAGAACAUGUCGGAGGAUGACGCGCGUGCGAAGACCAAAGAGCUCAUUCUGGAAAAUGAAAAGGAGUUCGUCAAGAGACGCGAGGCGUUAUACCAAGCCCACCCAGACCUCGCCCCAAAGCUGCGAAAAUGGAUGGAGGUACUGGAAGCUGCCCUUGGUGGAAUUCACUACUGGUGCACGAAUGCACCACGGUACGCGGUGCCGGAAACCGCCGAAGAGGAAAGUGAUGAGGAGUCGGACGAGGAGAGCUCUAGCGACGAGGACGAGUCCGAGGAAGAUGAUGAAGAAGAAAAUGAAGAGGAGGAGGAGGAGGUGCGUGCCAAUGGCGUUGUUGACCAUGUAGAGGGUGGCGAUGAGCCCGAGGAAGUACCAGUGUGGACCCCUCUCGUCAAUGGGGAAGAACACCCCGCGGUACACCUUGAUGCCACACCCCUACUAGCGCCAACAAACUACAUCGGGUCGAUCUCGGCUAAUGAGGUGCAACUGGAGUUGGUUUCUGCACUUAAUGCCUGGCUUCAAGUUCCCAACCGACCUUUGACCUUUGUCAAGCAAGUGGUCAAUGACCUCCAUGACAGUUCUGAGAUCCUGGCCAACAUUCAGGACCAAUCAUCUCUCCAGCGCCAAAAGACUGCGGCUCACCUUGUCUUCGGUCCCGCUCAGUCCAUUAACAGUGCUGCCUACAUGUUCGUCCGCGUCGCCAAGACCGUGAACGGGCUCAACUGCCCCGGCAUGCUUGACGGCCUCCUGGAGGAGCUUGAAACGCAUUUUAUCGGACAGUCUUGGGAGCUGAACUGGCGCUUCUCUCUUCAAUGCCCGACUGAGCAGGAGUAUUUGGAGAUGGUCGAUAAAAAGACCGGAUCUAUCUUCCGCAUGUUGGUGCGUCUCAUGCAGUCCGCUAGCAUGGAAGGCUCGGCCCUGGACUUUGAGCUUCUCACACAAUUAUUCGGCCGAUGGUACCAGAUCCGCAACGAGUAUCUGGGACUGCUUACGGGCAACAACCAAAGAGGCUUCGGUGAAGAUCUGGAUCACGGCAAAAUCUCGUAUGCGGUCGUCAGGUGCUGCAACGUAGACCCUACCGCCAAGAGUAUCAUCCUGGGCAUCUUUAGACAGAAGGCCGAAGGUGCCUCAUUGUCUGCCGAAAGCAAGAUCCAGAUUUUGGAGCUCCUGCACAAGAGCGGUGCCCUCCAGGCGACUUAUGACUUGGUCCGACAGCUGGGCCGGGACAUCAUGAAGACUGUCAGCGAUCUAGAAAUAGCCGCAGAAGAGACAAACCCCGGGCUCAAGGCCCUUGUGAAGACACUGGGUGAUAUCCCAGCUCCCACUCAGGAGUGA